AUGCGCGCUCGGCUCAUUCAUGGAUUGUUGCCCCAAACACGCCACGCCCGCGCGCGCAGGGAAAGGCGUGGCUUCGGCCGCCACUAUUUAUCGGUCGCCUGGAGCAGCUUUCGAACUUUCCCUUUCGCGCGGGUGCUUCCUCCGCAUCCACAGUUUCGCCAUCUCUGGACGCUGGCCGUUCUCUGCUCUCUCUUCCCCACCCAAAUAAGUACCGGAAUUGGCAGCACGCAGCGUUUUGGCAGGUAACUCCACCUCUCCUAUCUCGCUGGCUAAAAAAGUUGGCAGCUGUUUUGAGCUGGCUUCUUAGGGAAAUUGCUGUGCUUUAAAACUAGCUCCACUUAUUAUUAUUAUUAUUAUUAUUAUGCUUGCACAACCUAGGCUUCCUCCUAACUAAAUAAGGGGAGCAGGGGAAGCUUGCGAGGAAAGAGGCUUUUUACAAAAGCGGAGCUGCCUUGCAGCCUCCUUGCCCCUCUCUCAACGUCAGAGAGACGUUUCCUGUCUAGUACUCGAAUCCUGAAUCUUCUAUGAAGCUGCCCAGCUUUACAGAGCCUUUGUGAAUAAACCUGAACAGUCAAUAGGCUAUGUUUAGUUCAGUUGCAGAGCCACAGUGGGUUUAUUUUGUAUUCUUUUUUUACCUUCUGCUUGCUUUCUCCCCCCUCCACAACUUUUUAUUCCUAAGGAAAGUUCCUUUCUGUGACUACUGAUGUGUGUGUGUCUGCCAGCCUCAGGGUUACAGAAUCUCCACCUACCUAGACACUUGGUAUUCAGGCUACUGGGAGUUUAGGAUCGCAGUUUGUAGUGACCACACACUCUUCUGAGGUCUGGGAGAGUCUCUGAGAUAUUGAUGGACACUGGCUCAAUACCUUUUUUAAAAGUACCUGCUUUAGUGUGUUCCAGUUUUAAAUAUACAGUGGUACCUCGGGUUAAGUACUUAAUUUGUUCUGGAGGUCCGUUCUUAACCUGAAACCGUGCUUAACCUGAAGUACCACUUUUGCUAAUGGGGCCUCCUGCUGCUGCCGCACCGCUGCUGCACGAUUUCUGUUUUCAUCCUGAAGCAAAGUUCUUAACCCGAAAAACUUUGGGUUCUUCUGGGUUUAUUUCUGGGUUAGCGGAGUCUGUAACCUGAAGCAUAUGUAACCUGAAGCGUAUGUAACCUGAAGCGUAUGUAACCAGAAGUGUAUGUAACCCAAGGUACCGCUGUAUGUAUGUAUGUGUGUGUGUGUGUGUGUGUGUGUUAAGACCCCUUCGCUCAAGAAAGUUGCAAAAAUUAAGUUUCACCCCUUAAAAUGACACUCCCUACAAAGCCCUGCUUUGAUCUAUUUAUCUGUCUAAAUUGAGGAUGGAGUUACAACUCCCAUGAUCCCUGUCAAUUGGCCAUGCUACCUGGAAUUUAUGGGGCAGGUGGGCACUGUGUUGGCUAUGCUUGAUGUAAAUGGAUAUUCGGGAAAACAUUUUAUUUUCUUUAAAUACCCUUUCCUUCCUCAUCCAACAAUCCUUCAUUUUCUCACCCGCUCACCCUCAGGCUGAGUGAGUGGCUGUUGAGAACAUGUGAAGAGUGUUAGAGGCCAGAAGAGGAGUUCAUCUCCGUGUGGAUGGUGAUUUGCUGAAGCUGUCAGACAACUGAUGGACUAGUUGUCUAGGUGCAAGUUUCUUUAGUGUGGAGGUACAUGGAAGGUACAUGAAAGGUGAAGGGAUGCGGGUGGCGCUGUGGGUUAAACCACAGAGCCUAGGACUUGCCGAUCAGAAGGUCGGCGGUUCAAAUCCCCGUGACGGGGUGAGCUCCUGUUGCUCGGUCCCAGCUCCUGCCAACCUAGCAGUUCAAAAACACGUUAAAGUGCAAGUAGAUAAAUAGGUACCACUCUGGCGGGAAGGUAGACGGCGUUUCCGUGCACUGCUCUGGUUUGCCAGAAGCGGCUUAGUCAUGCUGGCCGCAUGACCCUGAAGCUGUACGCCGGCUCCCUCAACCAAUAAAGCGAGAUGAGCACCGCAACCCCAGAGUCAGCCACGACUGGACCUAAUGGUCAGGGGUCCCUUUACCUUUUUACAUUAAAGGUGAGAUUAUAUCGUGUGAAAUUUAAGUGCUCUGGUAAAGAGGUGCUCUGUUGAGUAUUCUGUUAGAGAGCUUUGCUAUAAAGUGAGGUUUUCAGAUCUUGGUUUAUAUAUUUGAGCAGGGUUUAUAUACUAUUAGUGAGAUAUAAGAAAGGGCACAGCUACUUUUUGUUAGAAUUCCUGCUCCAUGAUUGCAGUCAUGGGCUUGUUGUCUGUCACAUGACAGUGUAUGUUUUGACUCCACAGAGUGGGAAGUGACGGAGACAGGAUGUUUGUGUUACUGUGUUCCGUGAAGUGGGACUAUUGUCCUUUGUUCUUUUUCUCUUUGCUGUCUGAUGCUAGAGAGAGAGGGAGCCAUGUCGCAGUGCGUGUGUCUUUAUAUGUAAAUAAAGUAGAUUAGCCAAAAUGCUGAGUUGCUGAGGUCUGUUACGCAACUGUGCAAACUCUGUGGAUCCCUAAGUGUGCCGGUGUCUGUUGGCAUCGGUGACUGUGAUGAUCGGGCAAAAGAAAGCUUUUGAAGCUCUCGAACGAUUGACCAGGAGGGAGAGAACAUGCCAGUCGGGCAUGUGUCCCUGCCAGGGUCCUACUCGAGUGUAGGCUGAACUCCUGACACUAUUUCCCUCUCUUUUCCUGCAGUUCCAGGAAGAGAACCACCAUGGCUGCUGAGAACCUCAGGAAGAGGCUUCAGGAGGAGGUGACCUGCUGCAUUUGCCUCGACUUCUUCACUGAUCCUGUUACUUUAGAGUGUGAGCACAGCUUCUGCUCCACCUGCAUUGCCCAGUGUCGGGGGGAAUCUUCUUCCAGCGCCCUCUGCCCCCUGUGUAAACGGGCCAUCCGGGCAACGAAGUCCAAGCCGAACAAGCAGCUGAGCAACUUUGCUGAGAUAGCCAAGCAGCUGAGAGAUCAGGAGAAGGAGGAGGCUGAAGGGAGGCGGUUCUGCGGGAGACACGGGGAGCCCCUGAAACUCUUCUGCAAGGAUGACCAAGUCCCCAUCUGUGUGGUGUGUGACUGGUCCAAGGAGCACAAAGGACAUGAAGUGGUUCCCAAGGAGGAGGCUGCCCAAGAGUACAGGGUAGGUUAAGGUUACCAGAUUUUUAUCAAUGAAUCCGGGGACACUUUUCUUUUCUUCUCUUUUUUUUUUUAAAAAUAUUUUUAUUAAACAAUUUCAGCAUAACAAAUUAUCAGUCCAAAUAAUCAAUUACAUUAUUUUCCCCCUUCUCCCCCCCCCCCACUCAGGACUUCCCUCAGCUCCCCUCUCUGGUUUCUUUGCACAUAUUGUUCUCUGCAUGUUAUAAAAUUGUACAUAUCCUUGCCUUAUCUAUCAUGUGUUCAACUAAUAAAUUUGUGGGUGUUUAUUCAAAACCUGCCAAGGAGUCCAGGUCAUUUUGUUGUCUUUUUAGGUAAUUUGUAAACAGUUCACAAUUGUCUUUAUCAUGCAGUUUGUAUGUCAAUUUGGCCAAUUCCACAUAGCUCAUCAGUUUUUCUUGCCACUGUUCUUUCAAUGGAAUUUCCUCGUUCUUCCAUCCUUGUGCUAACAAGACUCUUGCCACUGUUGUAGCAUACAUAAAUAAGUUCUUUAUUUUUUUGGCAGGGCAGGUCUUGUCCUACAAUCCCUAACAAAAAUGCUCCUGGUGUUUUUUUUACAAGUGUCAUUUUAAACAUUUUUUCCAAUUCAUUGUAUAUCAUUUCCCAUUUUUUUAAAAACUUCUCUGCAUUCCCACCACAUAUGAUAAAAAGUACCUUCUUUUUCUUUACAUUUCCAACAUAUGUUUGACCCGGUUUUGUACAUUUUUGCUAUUUGUACUGGUGUGAUGUACCAUCUGUACAUCAUUUUCAUAUAAUUUUCUUUCAAAAGAGAACGUUCUGUAAAUUUCAGAUCUACCUUUCACAAUUUUCCCCAGUCCUCAAAUUGUAUAUUGUGUCCUAUAUCUUGUGCAAUCUGGGGACACUUUUCAACUUCCUACUAAACAGAUGGAUUUUGUCAGGGGACUGAUUUGUAAAUCCGGGAACUGUCCCCAGGAAACGGGGACUUCUGGUAACCUUAGGGUAGGUGGGACACUGCUUCAGGGAGCUGUAAACAGGGCACGCUUUGUGUUUGUGGACAGGCAGUAAAAUUGGAACGCUCUUUGGAAAGUAGCAGUGGAGAGGUUUGCCAUUGCCCCGGUUCCAAGCAGUCCUGAGUAUGUUCAGGGACACCAAUUGGUGACUGACUGUCACAGACUGGCUCUAUACAGAGGAAGGUUGUAAGAGGAACCAGCUGGGGAAUCCCUAAGCAGGUAGAUCACUGGCUCCCCCCAGAGAAGCUCAACAACUCUGGCUCCCCUAAAAAAAGCUCAACACAUUAGCCCUGCACCCCUAAAAAAUGGGCCUUCCUUCUCCCUACAGAAAGCUCAACAACUUUGACCUGAACCCCCAAAAAGGGGGUAGAUCACUGCCAGCUUUUAACUCUGUGAGUAGAUCGCAGUCUCUUGUGAGCGGGCCACCCCUGCCCUAAGGGAAGAAGGAUCAGAGCCUGGGAGUGGCGAUGUGACAACCAUGAGUGGUCACAGGGAGCAGACUGGAAUGAGGAGGUGUCAGAAGCUGGAGGGGAAACAGGGCUUAGUGGGCAGGGAGAGUCUGUGGCAGAUAAUGUCCAGAAUCAGAGGCAGGAGUGGAGGGGGACAGAAGGCAGAGAAUGAGGCAGGCUGCUGAAAAGUCACAAGUGUCUCCCCUUCCUGCUGCGACAAGCUCCCCUCACCCCUUCUCUCCCAGAACCAGAAGAGGGCUGAAAUGAGCAUAGCAGUGGAAGGCGGCAGGCAGGCACAGUCUCUGAUUGCUUGGGGAAAGCCCUGUAGAGGAGGGGACUUAGACAGCUGUGGGAGGUGAGCACUUUCAGUCUCGGCAACUGAUCCAUGGGGCAAGAGCUACCGGGAAUGAGCUGCUGGGCUCAUUAGACCUGACACUCAGCCAAGUUGGUGCAUCGAGUGAAAUAGAUUCAGGGGUGAGGAAAUUGGGGCUCCCUCCAGGUGUUACUGAACUACAACUCCCAUCAGCCCCUGCCAUUACGGCCAGUGGUCAGGGAGGAUGCAAGCUGUAGCUGAGCAAUGUUUGUAGGGCUGAAAAUUAGCCACUCCUGAAGUAAAGCCCCAGAAGGAAAUUGGGAAGCAAGGAGCAGAAUGAAUGGAGCUUCCAUUGAAACAGUAGUGACUUUUUUCUUUCUUUCCCCCCCUAUAAUUUUUAUUAAAUUUCUGUUUUACAUUUUAGAAUAUUUAUUUAAACAACCUUAAAAUAUCAAUGACUUCCCUUCUCUUUCCAUGGUUCAUUUUACAAAACAUAAAUCCAUGCAUAUUUUAUAUACAGUGGUACCUCAGGUUAAGUACUUAAUUCAUUCCAGAGGUCCGUACUUAACCUGAAACUGUUCUUAACCUGAAGCACCACUUUAGCUAAUGGGGCCUCCUGCUGCUGCCGUGCCGCUGGAGCACAAUUUCUGUUCUCAUCCUGAAGCAAGUACUUAACCCGAAGUAAUAUUUCUGGAUUAGCAGAGUCUGUAACCUGAAGCAUAUGUAACCUGAGGUACCACUGUAAACCAAACCAUUCAGUAGUCCAUUAUUACAUCCAUCAAAACUUAUUUACACUGUUGAAUUUAUCUUAAAGCGGCCCACGUUUUCAAAUAAACAAUUUUCCUCCAUAUAUUCAGUAAACAUUUUCCAAUCUUCUUUAAACGUAUGUUCUUCUUGUUCUCUUAUUCUAUAUGUUAGGUCUGCAAGUUGCGCAUAAUCCAUCAGCUUAAGUUGCCAUUCUUCUUUAGUUGGGACCUCGCUCGAUUUCCAUUUUUUGGCUAACGAAACACGGGCCGCAGUAGUGGCAUACGUAAAUAACCUUUUUUUGACACCUGGGAAUUUCCAUCUGAAUUACCCCCAACCCAAAGGACUCUGUUUGUUUUUGGAAAAGCACUUUUAAACAUUUUUUUCCAAUUCUUUAUGGAACAAUAGUGACUUUUUUCAAACCUGCUCUAACACGAUUUCUUGCCCUCCUCUCCAGGAUCACGUCUGCAGCUUGCUGGAAGUGAUGAGGAAGCAGAGAGAAGAGAUACUGGUGCAUAUAUUGAAUACAGAAAAGGAAAGCCAAGACCUGCUUGUAUGUGUCUCUUUUCACCAGGAACUUGUGGAACGAUUAUUUUAAGCACCGCGUGCCACCAGGAGUUGCCUAGUGUAUCCUGAGCUCUCAGAAAGCCCUCUGGGGAUGCUCUGACUUCCUAGAAUGCCCUAGAAAGCUAUUGUGCCUUGGGAGCAUAGCUGAAUGUUGUGGUUCCCUAAAGGUGGCUCACGUACCACAAUGCGAUCCGUAAAUGGAUUUUUUUGGGCGGUGGGGGGCAGGAGGGAAGACCAACAAUGCAUGCCACCCUGAUCUCUUGGAAGACAAGACAGGAUGGAAAAUGUUGUAAAUACAGUGGUACCUCUGGUUGCGAACAGGAUCCAUUCCGGAGGCCCAUUCGCAACAUGAAAAGCCCGCAACCUGAAGCGCUGUAUCUGUGCAGGUCCACAGCGUGAUUUGGUGCUUGUGUGCAUGCGCAAAGUGCGAUUUAGCGCUUCUGCGCGAGUGGCGAAACCCGGAAGUAACCCUUUCCGGUACUUGCGGGACGCAACCUGAAAAAACGUAUCAUGAAACAAACAUAACAUGACAUAUGACUGUAGAUAUCUGAUUUUGCUUUAUAUUUUUAUUAUUACCUUCAUACCCCAGGUUUCCUCUAAGAAAACUCAGGGUGGCAUAUUUGCCAUAGCUGUCAACCGUCCCUUAUUUGGUGGGAAACUCCCUUAUUCCAGCGCCGUGUCCCACUGCUGUCCCUUAUUGAUGAUGUCCCUUAAAUUUCCCGGGUUUCAUGCUCGCCCGGCUCGGGAGGGAAGCAGCGGCUCGGGGUCCUCCGCCACGAGAGAGAGAGCGUGCUGGCGCCGUCGUCCUGGCGCAAGGAGUUCCAUCGGCCCUUCGCCGCUGCGAGAGAGGGGGUGAGGGAGAUAGACUCUCGCCCUUGCCGCCCGCGAGCCCGGAGGCGGCAGCGGUGGUGGCAGCUGAGGAGGUGGCCUGAGGGAGGAAGAAGAGGAGGGGAGGGGGAGGGACGCAGAAGGCCAAUACGUUUCCGAGCACAAUUCAAAGUGUUGGUGUUGACCUUUAAAGCCCUAAACGGCCUCGGCCCAGUAUAUCCGAAGGAGCAUCUCCACCCCCAUCGUUCUGCCCGGACACUGAGGUCCAGCGUUGAGGGCCUCCUGGCAGUUCCCUCAUUGUGAGAAGCAAAGCUACAGGGAACCAGGCAGAGGGCCUUCUCGGUUGUGGCGCCUCCCCUGUGGAAUGCCCUCCCAUCAGAUGUCAAAGCGAUAAACAACUACCUGACAUUCAGAAGACAUCUUAAGGCAGCCCUGUUCAGGGAAGUUUUUAAUGCAUGACAUAUUAGUGUACUUUUGGUUUUUGUGGAAGCCGCCCAGAGUGGCUGGGGAAACCCAGCCAGAUGGGCGGGGUACAAAUAAUAAAUUAUUAUUAUUAUAUUCAGCGGCCGCCGCAGCGUCGCAAGCACCUCAUGCCGGAUUGACAGCAUCUGUCAAUCCUACCAAUGUAUGUAACUCUUUACAACAGCAAAAUCCCUUAUUUUGGCUGCUGAUCCCUUAUUUUCGAGGUUGCUAGUCCCUUAUUUUCAAAGCUGUAAGUUGACAGCUAUGCAUAUUUGCAUUUCUUCCCCCCUCCCCAUUUUCUCCCAACAGCUUUGUGAGGUAGGUUAGGCUGAGAGACAGUGGCUGCCCAAGGGCAGCCCGUGAGCAUUAUGGCUGGGUGGGGUGGGUGGGAUUUGAACCCUGGUCCCUCAGGUCCCCUAGUCGAGCUCUCUAACCACCACACCGCACCGGCUCCCCUCUCUCUCCACCUUGCUGCAGAAACGGAUAGAAUCCGAGCGGGAGAAAAUGACGGCGGGGGUCAAGCAGUUGUACCACAUUAUCAAAAAGCAACUGGGCUUCAUUGUGGCACAGAUGGAGUGGGCCAAAAAGGAGAUUAUGACAAAGAGGGACGAGCAAAUGGCCAAACUCUCUCAGGACCUCUCCUCUCUGGGCAGCAGCAUCCAAGAGAUGGAGCAGACAUCUCGGCUGCCUGUGAGUGACUUCCUGCAGGUAAGAUGGCUGGCUGCAUUUCCCCCCAGUACAGUCGUACCUCGGAAGUCGAACAGAAUCUGUUCCGGAAGUCCGUUUGACUUCCAAAGCACAGCUUCUGAAUGGCUGCAGCUUCUGCAGCCAAUUGGAAGCCCUGUUUGACGUUCGGCUUCCGAAAGAACGUUCGAAAGCUUGAACACUCACUUCCGGUUUUUGAUCAUUCAGGAGCUGGAACGUUCAACUCCCAAGGCGUUUGGGAACUGAGGCAUGAUUGUAAUGUUGUUCAGUGGUAGCUCAGGUUACAUACGCUUCAGGCUACAUACGCUUCAGGUUACAGACUCUGCUAACCCAGAAAUAGUGCUUCAGGUUAAGAACUUUGCUUCAGGAUGAGAACAGAAAUCGCGCAGCAGCGGGAGGCCCCAUUAGCUAAAGUGGUUCUUCAGGUUAAGAACAGUUUCAGGUUAAGUACGGACCUCCGGAACGAAUUAAGUACUUAACCUGAGGUACCACUGUAUACAGAAUAAAGCUGGGGGAAGAAGUAGUCGUGGGGGGAGGGGGAAGAUUGCGCCCCCCCUUUACCCUUUUCCAACUCAACAAUAUCCUUUUUUGAGUUGAGGUGACCAGAACUUUAUACAGGACUCCAAAUGCAGUCGUACCACAGAUUUGUAUAAGGCAUGAGUAGGCAAACUAAGGCCCGGGGGCCAGAUCCAGCCCAAUCGCCUUCUUAAUUGGUCCAGGAAUCAGCGUGUUUCUACAUGAGUAGAAUGUGUGCUUUUAUUUAAAAAGCAUCUCUGGGUUAUUUGUGGGGCAUAGGAAUUUGUUCAUUCCCCCCCCCUUCAAAAUAUAGUCUGGCCCCCCACAAGGUCUGAGGGACAGUGGACCGGCCCCCUGCUGAAAAAGUCUGCUGACCCCUGGUAUAAGGGCAUGCAUUAGGGUAUUGGCAGUUUUUGUUUUCUUUCCCAGCGAUUCUUAGCUAGAAAUUUUAAACCCCAAUGCAUCCUUACCCCAGGGGGCAUUCAAGUUCUGUGGGGGUCUCCUUAGCAGCCUGCGGCAGGGCACUCAGUUCCCUCUUCUCCCUCUCCCUACUCUAGGACGUUGCAGGCACCUUGCAAAGGUAAGUGGGUCCCCUUCAUUCUGUUUCACAUUUGGUUAAUCUUGGGAGGCUUUGCACAAUAGGGGAACUUCCUGCUGCAGCGCCGUUUAACCUGUUCCUUCCCCAGUUGUAUUUGUACCUGGCUCAGCUCUUCCAAAGGACCAGCCAGCUUUGCACGGGGAAGAAGGUGGUGGUGAAGGAAUCUCCUCUUCCUUUUAAUUUCACUUGUCGAAGGUCAAUCGGUUUGUCCUUAAAGGGGCGGCACUUCCUGUGCGAGGUGGAUGAUCUGUUGGACUAUUCUUGGGAUGGUGUGGGAUGAACUUAUUGGCAAACCUAUUUGGUGUUUCACAACUUUCUGACUAGUUGCAGGACCUUAGCCAGACCCAGCAGAGUAAACGCAGAAUCCACGGAAGCAUUUGGUGACUUGGCUGCAGACAGGAUAGACGAAGCAGGAACCAGGAACUUGUAGUUGGGUGUUUAUUAUAUACAGUGGACUAUUUACAGGAACAGAACACAGAUCUUUUGCUAGCUCUCUCUGACAUGACUCACAACUCCUACACUGACACAGAACUCUGAACCUCUGAACACUGAACCAACACAUUCUAGUUAGUAGGCCAUUAAUUAUCACUCCCUUGAGAGAGCUUGACCAAUCAGGGAGCUGUCUGCAUGUCUCUGUUAUCACCAGGAAGACUUACUCCUUCAGAUUGCCUUCUGGCUGUCUGCCAAACCUUAAUUGACUCUGUGUGAGUAGCUGCACGUACACAGUUUCCCAACAGAACUUUAUACAGCCUUGAAGCCCAGCUGCUUAUUAUGGCGUCUUCUUCUCCACUAAGCAGCCCGCAAGGCAGGAAGGGUGGAGUGUGACCUACAGUACAAAAAUGACCCAAAUUGUGCCAGUUUUCUGUCCCUGUGGGACGGGCUUAUUGGUGUUCACCUUCCUUCCUUCCUUUUUCUGUCCAUUUCUCUUUUUUCCUGCCACUGUGAUUAUUGAUCUAUCCAGAUAAAGCAAGAAAUCAUUAUUAUAUACUCUUUUUCUCUCUCUUCAGGAGCAAGGAGGUCAAGUUUAAAAACGUAGCCACUUUCCCUCCAAAACUAAAAUGGAAAACUUGGGAGUUUUGGGACGUCACUGCCAUUUUGCAGAAGUUCACAGAGAAAUUCAAAGGUAUCGGAAGGGUUUUGGGUGGGGAAUCGGCUGCCAGGCAAAGGGGGAGGGUGGGAUUGGUGUGGGAACGAGGCUUGUAGGAGAUUCUCUCAGAUGCAGGGGAGCUCAGGCAACAGCGAGGAGGCUAUCUUUUAUUUCUACCAGAAGCCCAGCUUCCUGCAUCUGGAAGUAACUGCUUCCUAGGGUAUUGUUGAGUUGCAGCAAAGGAGCACAGAGAAUGCCUAAGGAAGUUUGGAUUCUUCUCUCCUGUCAGCCCCUCGAUGAAAGAAAGAAGGCCCUGCAUUGUCAGCUAGGAACCUGGAAAUGGCAGAGUUAUAAAGCCAUAACACACACAUACACCUUAACCAGACUCGAAUUGAAGGUGACUGGAUUUCAUGGGCAAGCCAGGAUCCAUCCUAUAGACUUUUGGCGUUGGAAGGCACCCAAAAGCACUGUUCAGUUGAAUAUUUAUUUCUUCACUUAAUUUCCCUUAGGAAUCGCUUCUCAUAAAGCUUCCCAAAGCAAUUUCAGAAGAAAAACAUAUACAGACUGGCUUAUCCACACCUCCUCCUCUUCUGCCGCUUCAGUCACCCUCCUGGGGGAAAAAACGACUCUUUAGUGCUCAAUCGGAGCUAACAGGAAAUUGGGUUUUCCCCAGAUUGCCAAAUCACAUUCCCGAUAGUUGGUCCUGCAAACUUUGAUUAAAAGCCCUCUUAACAAAAGGGGGGAGUCUAUCGGUUACUGGUUUUUACACAUGGGGUGGUUUUCUGUUCAUUUGAAGCACUCCUUUGAUCUCACUCCUCCAUUUUCUUCUACAGGCAAUCUGAUAUCUGGAUAUUCACUGCGUAAAGGUAAAUUUCAGGCAGCAAAAGAUGGUGUUGAGGUACCUCUCAAUAGCUGACCACCUAUUUCUUUGUUCACUCACUUUAAAUCCAGGGUGGGAAACUGGAUCGAGAAGUAGCCACAGAGUGUUUGUUGUGGGGGAGGAAGGGAAAGGAGAAUGUUAGCCGCUUUGAGACUCCUUCGGGUAGUGAUAAAGCGGGAUAUCAAAUCCAAACUCUGCCUCUUCUUCUCUUCUUCCGCAGCGAAAGUGUCUCUGAACCCAGCCACGGCCCAUCCUCGGCUCGUCGUAUCCGAGGACCUGAGAAGUUUGGCGCUGGCAGAAAGGCCGCAGGCCCUUCCCCUCAGCGCUGGCCGAUUUGAGCGCUGGCCGUGCGCUCAGUGCCGGGAGUCCUUCAGCUCUGGCAGAAGCUACUGGGAAGUCGAAGUGAGGAACGAGGGCGCCUGGGCUCUGGGCAUCUCAAAACCGCUUGUGGCGGUCAGGAAAGGCGCACAGCCUUCCCCGGAAGCCGGCGUCUGGGCUAUUGGGAGGUGGGAGGGUCAGUACAGGGCUGUUGUCCCACCGCAUUACCCUUUCCUGUAUCCGAGCAGGGAGCCCCAAAGAAUACGAGUGGCCCUGAAUCUGGAAGCUCAACAGGUGGCUUUUUUUGAUGCUGAGGCGGCAAGCCUGCUCCACACUUUCUCCUUAGCCGAAUCCUCGUCCGACACCUUCUGCCCCUCCUUUUGGAUCUGGAAAAAAUCCCAUCUCCAACUCUGCCUGUGA